AAAAACUUAAAAAACACUCAUCCAAACUCACUCACUCUCCAAGUUCCAUCCAACACCCACUUCCAAAACCCUCCCAGAUCUCAAUCACCCACAUGUAAUAAUCAUCUUCAUCAAUGGCCCAUCUCGAUCUCACAUCCUCUAAGCACCAAAUCCGACGAUGGCGUUUUCUAGACUUGGUAUCUCUCAUCUUCUUCGCUGCAAUUGUUCUCUUCUUCCUUCUCGUUCUCACCCCGUUCGGAGACUCCAUCGCCAUCUCCGGCAGCCAAGCUAUUGUCACAUCCGCCACCGGUGCCACACGCCGCCACCACCUCAUUGCCCUCAUUGAUGCCGGACGAAACCUCACGGUUCCACCGUGUUCCGCCGAUGCAGUUGAUUACAUGCCCUGUGAAGAUCCCAACAGGAACCGGUUGCUCAGCAGGGAUAUGAAUUUUUACCGGGAACGACAUUGCCCGGUGCCGGAGGAGCGGCAGUUGUGUUUGAUUCCUCCGCCGGAUGGGUAUAAUAUUCCGAUUCAGUGGCCUGCUAGUUUGUAUAAGAUAUGGCAUGAAAAUAUGCCGUAUAAUAAAUUAGCCGACCGAAAGGGUCAUCAAGGUUGGAUGAAAAAAGAGGGCCCGCACUUCAUAUUUCCUGGGGGUGGCACUAUGUUCCCUGAUGGAGCCGUAAAAUAUAUCGAGCAACUCGAACAUUAUAUUCCUAUUUCUGGUGGUGUUCUGAGAACGGUUCUUGAUAUGGGAUGUGGGGUUGCUAGUUUUGGCGGGUAUUUACUGGCUGAAGACCUUUUAACACUCUCGUUUGCUCCAAGAGAUUCGCACAAAUCACAAAUACAAUUUGCUUUGGAAAGAGGAAUACCGGCAUUUGUUUUAAUGCUCGGCACUCGUCGACUUCCAUUUCCCGCCUUCUCAUUCGACUUAAUCCAUUGCUCUCGUUGCUUGAUACCGUUUACAGCAUACAAUGCUACAUAUUUUAUGGAGGUUGAUAGAUUACUACGGCCCGGAGGGUACCUAGUAAUAUCGGGCCCACCGGUUCAGUGGCACGGACUUAAAAAAGAAUGGCAAGAUUUACAAGCAGUGGCGAAAGCAUUAUGCUAUGAGUCGGUUGUUGUUGAUAAGAACACUGCCAUCUGGAAAAAGCCCGUCGAUGAUUCAUGUCUUGAGGCCCAAAACGAACAUGGGCUCAAAUUAUGUCAUAAGUCUGAUGACCCUAGUUCUGCAUGGUAUGUUAAGUUGAAGAAAUGUGUGAGCCGACCGUCGUCUGUAAACGGGAAACUUGCGGUUGGUGAAAUUCCGAAAUGGCCCCUAAGAUUAACGAAAACGCCAUCACGGGCCGGAUUAAUCAAAAAUGGAAAUGACGGGUUUGAAACGGAUACACGGCUAUGGGAAAGGAGGGUUUCUUACUACAAAAAAACAUUGAAUUUGAAGCUCGGGACUGAAGCAGUAAGAAAUGUGAUGGAUAUGAAUGCGUAUUUUGGUGGGUUUGCUGCUGCAUUGAUUUCCGAUCCUGUGUGGGUCAUGAAUGUUGUUCCGCAGAAUAAGCAAUUGACGUUAGGUGUGAUCUUCGAUAGGGGCCUUAUCGGCGUUUAUCAUGAUUGGUGUGAGCCUUUUUCAAGUUACCCCCGGACUUACGAUUUUAUCCAUAUGUGUUCGGUUGAGUCACUCAUACAGGAUUCAGUCACCCGAAAGAAUAGAUGUAAUGUUGUAGAUGUGAUGGUUGAAAUAGACCGGUUAUUACGGCCUGAAGGAACAGUAGUGAUUCGCGAUUCACCUGAAAUGAUUAAAAGAAUCGAUCAUGUUGCUCGUUCCUUAAGAUGGGAAUCGACGAUACACGAUACAGAACCAGAAUCAAACAGGAAUGAACAAGUUCUAGUUGCUACAAAAAUACUUUGGACAUUACCUUCAUCUUCCCAUUGAUACAUCAAUUCAUUAUAAUAUAUGUUAAAUGUGUAAGUUAUACAUAUAUUAGAAACUUCUUCCAGGCGUCAAAGGGUGCGACUUUAUUGCUAGCUUGAUGCGCAAGUUACGUCAUUGGGCAGCCGACAAAUUGCAUCUUGUUAUGAAGUCCUUUUGCAAAAAGGGUGUGGCUGUCUUUCUUGAUGUAUAAGUUAUUUGUUAGAAACUUGUUAUAUGCAUCAAAAGGAUUCAAGUUUCUUGAUAUGUAAGUUAUGUAAUAGAAUAUUUUUGCAAUCAUUGAAGGUUGUAGCUUUAUUGCUUGUUUUUUCA